UAGGCAUUCUAUAAAUAUUUACUGAAUCGCAUUUACAAGAAUCGGAGUAUUUCGGGUUGUCGGUGCUCUCCUAAUUAGGGAUGUUUUUGUAGUGUCAGCCUAUACCCGUCAAGUGAUUCUUUACUAAGUCGGCUACGUGUAGCUAGAGUUACAGAGUCGAUAGGACAGUGUCUUUGAGUGAGGCAAUCUGGCAAAAGAACUGAGGCAAUGUGACCAAUACCAGUAACACGAGGUGGGACAAGGUCAGAUGUGAGCUGAAUGCUGCGGAAAUUCCAAGGGAAUGCAAGUUGACUUUUGGUUGGGGAAAAUUAUAGAAGACCUUGAGACACUUGCCCAGAGCAGGGACUGGGGCCAUAUUCCCGGCAGAGGAAAAGGUAAGAGCAAAGAGCAAAGCCUUGAAAGCUGGACAGAUGAGAGAGUGCGAAAAUCUGUAGUAGGUUUUUCUAAUGUAAUUGGGCUACACAUUCGGAAAAAGAGUGAAAGUUAGAAAAUAAGUUCACGUGGACCUCUGAUGGAGCGUUUUGAAUGGGACUGAAGAGACUGCAUUGAAUAAAGUAAAUCUUGGAGCAUCGUUUGAGGGUUUUGGAGGGAGCUUCUUUCCAGGUCCGUUCAUCUGGAGCACGUAGAAUGGAUAAAAGUGGCAGUUUUUGUUACUUCCCAUGAAGUUGUGUAUCUGGAAUGAGAACCAUGAAAUUAAUCUAGAAUAGGACAUUUCUAAGGACAUGGAAUGGCAUUGAGCAGCACCAGGAGGACCUAAAAGGAAUAUUUGAGGGCACAGAGCUACAGAAAAGUUUGUCAACAGAAGUAUUUAUGAGAAACAAUUGAUCAGAAACCUUUUAAAUUUCUUCAAGCAGUGGCAAGAUUGAGUCUUUGUUCAAAUUAAGCAAAAUCUACACUGAAGAGAAAUCGAAUAAAGUCUCAAAUAUAAAACAUAUGUUAUUUAACACCCUAAUGUAAAUUUACAAAAACAAAUGAAAAGACAGAUCUUUUUAAAAUUUCUUACCUAGGGUAAAAUGUUUGUAAACUUUUGAACUCAUCUCUAAGAAUUGCCAUGAUUCUGAAACUUGAUAAUAUCUCAAAUAUGGAACAGUUUCAAUCAAAAAUAACACUUGAGAAUACACCAGAUUACACAAGAAUGAUCUGAGAGUGGAAAAGUACUACUAACAAAUAAAUUACAUCCUUCAAAUUAGCUUGGUAAAUAUAAGGAACAAUCAAUUUAAAGCUCAAUCUUUAAGAAUGCUAUAUUGAAUACAAUAAAAGUUGGAUUUCAUUCAUAUGGAGAACAGAACCUGCUAACUUUCUUCUUCACCUAAAGAUAGUAUACACCUGUUUCCAAAUUCCGCUCUCCAGAUAUCCCACUGUCAAGGUAGAUUGGAGUCUGUAUCCAGGCGGAUGGACUGCUGCCCAGUGAACACUACGUACAGAGCAAUAUGAGCACCAUUUUCUUUUCUGGCAGUGAGCUAAAAUCAGGUCGUUUUUGAAGGGGAGAAGCCACACUGCAUCUCGGCUACACAAGAUUACUCUGUUCUUGCCUUUGAGGCUUUCAUAUUUCCUCUCAAGCACCACUUUUUAUUGAAACUUAUCUCACCUGCGUCUGUUCUUAUGGUCACAUCUUGCCUUCUCUCUUCCUCUUGUGUCUUUUCUUGGUUGAGUUAGGGAGAGUAUGCAGGUAUUCCUGUUAUUCCCAACUGGUGCUGCUAUGUUUGUCAAGGCAGAGGAGGAGGAGCAGGGGAUUCUGAAAACUGGUCAUCUGUGUCUUACAGGAGCAACAGCAGGACUUUGGCAGUGGCAGCUUUCUGAGUUCAAAAGACCUUUACCUCUAGACUAGCACUUCAAUCAUGAGCCCUUCUCCCUUUUAGUCCAUUGCCCUUCAGUACAAAUCCCUGUGCCUUCUGGGGCUUUGAGCUAGUGUUUUGGGGGUCUUUUGUUUUUAGAGUUUUUUUCUAAUUCAGUAAGGCUUUCCCUUUUUUUCCUCCUGUUGGUCGUUUGAAACCAAAUUCAGUAUGAAUAAGAGAGGGAAAUAUACAACAUUGAAUUUGGAGGAGAAAAUGAAGGUUCUAAGUAGGAUUGAAGCUGGACGGUCUCUUAAAAGCGUAAUGGAUGAAUUUGGAAUCAGUAAAUCAACAUUUUAUGACAUUAAAAAGAAUAAGAAAUUGAUUUUGGACUUUGUACUAAAGCAGGACAUGCCAUUAGUAGGGGCUGAGAAGAGAAAGAGGACAACAGGAGCCAAAUAUGGAGAUGUGGAUGAUGCAGUCUACAUGUGGUACCAACAGAAACGCUCAGCUGGUGUCUCUGUUAGAGGCGUGGAGCUUCAGGCUGCUGCAGAGAGAUUCGCACAGUGUUUUGGGCGAACAGACUUCAAAGCUAGCACUGGAUGGCUUUUUAGAUUUCGAAAUAGGCACGCAAUUGGGAACCGAAAAGUAUGUGAGGAACAAGUCCUAAGUUCAGCUUCAGAAAACGUUGAGCCAUUUCGACAAAAACUGUCCAUGCUUAUCAAAGAGGAGAGACUGCUUCUAGCUCAGCUAUACAGUGGGGAUGAGACUGACCUCUUUUGGAAGUCAAUGCCAGAAAACACUCAGGCAAGCAGAAAAGAUAUCUGCCUGCCCGGGAGGAAAAUAAACAAAGAAAGGUUGUCUGCUCUUUUAUGUGCAAAUGCAGAUGGAACUCAUAAGUUAAAGUCAAUCAUUAUUGGAAAAUCAAAGCUGCCCAAAAGUGUGAAAAAGGACACAAGUACAUUACCUGUGAUAUAUAAAUCUAGUAAGGAUGUUUGGUUCACCAGAGAAUUGUUUUCCGAAUGGUUCUUUCAAAACUUUGUUCCUGAGGUCAGGGAUUUUCAACUUAAUGUUCUAAGAUUCCAUGAAGAGGAUGUCAGGGCCUUGUUACUUCUGGACAAUUCCCCAGUUCACCCUUCUACUGAAUCACUAACCAGUGAAGAUGGUCGAAUAAAAUGCAUUUUCUUUCCCCACAACACUUCAACCUUGAUUCAACCAAUGAAUCAAGGUGUGAUCUUGAGCUGCAAACGACUUUAUAGGUGGAAGCAACUUGAAGAGAGUCUUGUGAUUUUUGAAGAAAGUGAUGAUGAGCAAGAUAAAGGAGAAAAAGGAGUUUCCAAGAUUAAAUUCUACAACAUAAAAAGUGCAGUUUUUAACUGGGCAAAGAGUUGGGAUGAAGUAAAACAAAUAACCAUAGCAAAUGCAUGGGAAAAUCUUCUUUACAAAAAGCAACCUGAAUAUGAUCUUCAAGGCUUAGAACAUGGGGAUUAUAGAGAAAUUGUUGAGAAAUGUGGGGAGUUGGAAACCAACUUGGAUGAUGAUAGGGUGUGGUUAAAUGGGGAUGAUGAAGAAAAGGGUAGUACCCCCAAAACAAAAGGUGUGAUUACAAAGGAAGUUGUUCAAAAAGGAGAAAGUGAAGAGCAGAUUGCUGAAUUUAAGUUAUCUGCCAUAAGAGAGAGUUUAGACUACCUUCUUGAUUUUGUUGAUGCCACACCUGAAUUUCAAAGGUUCCAUUUCACACUGAAAGAGAUGCAACAAGAAGUCAUCAAGAAACAGUUCCAGAGUAGAAUCCAUUCUAGAAUUGGUAGUUUUUUGAAACCUAGGUCUCAUAUUAUUAAGGAUUCCUUCAAUAUGCCUUCAGCUUCUGGUUCUAGUAAUUAGAUUUUGUUUAAAUUUUUUUUUGUUGUUUAAAGAUUUCUGCU